GUAGGUUAAGUUUUGUAAAUAAGAUACAAUAUCAUAAUUAUUCUUCUAUUAACUAUUAAAGUACUGUAGUAUUAAUAUAAAACUGUUUAGUUUUAAAUAAUAAUGCCACCCUUAGAUUCAAUGCAAGAAUUAGAUGAUAAAAGUAUUGAAAAUAUCGUAAGAUUUGUAACAGAUGUGCGGACAGGGAAACUCAAGGGGUCGAACAAAAUUGCUUCUGCAUCAGUGGAUCUUCUAGAACAGAUUAUUAUUGAAGCCUCAAAUACCAAUGCACUUUCAUUGAUAAAUGCAGUAAGAGGCGCGGGAAGGAGGUUGAUAAAUGCUCUUCCUCAGGAGCUAGUUGUGGCUAACAUGGUGAGAAGAGUCAUGCGGGCUAUUAGGGACGAGCAAAGAGCUCUCAUUAACCAGAGUAGUGAAUGCUCGGGGGAGUCUCUACAGCGGCUGGUGUUGGCUGCUCCGAGUCGAAGAGCAACACUGCCUUCCCACCAGGAUAUGAGGGAACCCAUCCGGGAUCACAUUGCUGAGCUCCAGGCAGAGUUAGAAGCCAGCACAUCGUCAAUCUGUGGCCAAGCAAAGGAGCAUAUACAUGCUGAUGAGUUGAUACUGACAUACGGAGCCAGUUCACUGGUGGAGAAGUUCCUCAAGGCUUGUGGGACAAAGAGGUUUAAACUGUUGCUUGUCGAGAGUCCAGAAGUCAAUGAGAGCGCAGCAAUGGCGGCAAGGUUGAGCGCGUACGGAAUUAACGUGACUCUGGUGAACGGAUGUGCCGUUGGAGCUCUUAUGUCUAGAGUCAACAAGGUGGUAGUGGGUGGUCGGGCGACGCUUGCGGGAGGUGCGGUACUCGGGGAGGGGGGCCUACUAACCAUCACCACUGUCGCCGCACACUUCACCGUACCAGUUAUAGUUCUGUCGCCUCUGUACAAGUUGUCACCCCUACAUUCAAGUGAUCACUCGCACUUCGAGGCGCUGGCACCUCCCUACACAGCACUGCCGUACAUGACUGGUGAGAGCGGUACUACGCAAGUAUUCGCCCCGGUCUACGACUUCGUCCCACCAGACCAUGUCACCUUAUUCAUCACCAACUUGAGUGGCAGCUCGCCGUCGUAUAUCUACCGCUUGCUGUCCGAGCUGUACGAUCCCAAUGAUUAUCAGAUUUAAGCAUACUGGCAAAUAUCUUUGGGCGUCGCGGAUUGACCUGAAAUAAGAAAUGUUUGAAUUUCAUAAUAAAGUCUACAGUUUCUGUUCAAUAACCUCGGAAUUAAUUUAUUCGCCUGGCAUAAAGCCAUC